AUGUCAAGCACUGCAAGUGAGCAAGUGAUCUUGAUUGAGGAGAUUAAGAAUCUCGAGAUGCUACCCUUGUUGAUUGAUAUCCUACAACAAGUAAAUAAAGGAGAGUUAAGUGUCAAAGAUUUGAAUAAUUCUGCCGGAAAAAUUAGAAUCAGAUUGACCAAGUUCAAAGAACUUUUAGCAAAACUAGAUGGAAUAAACCAGACUCCAAAUCAAAGAAAGUUACUCAUAGAUCAAUUAAGCUACCAAAUAUCUAAAAAGAAAGAGAUUCUUCAAAAUUUUUGCGAAGUAGUCAGCGGGAAAUUGGGUUGUAUAAAUGGUGAAGUACGAGACAAAGACAAAGGCAACGACGGAAAUCAAAAUGAAGAUAAUCAGAUACAAACACCAUUAGAUACAAAGAAAGCUAUAGGAAACAAAUCUGUAACCAAUAUUGCUGAUUAUAUUUGCAAGGAUUUGGGAAUAGCGAAGGAUGAUUUACAGAUUUUAGUCGAAGCGAAUAUCCAAACAUCAGAAGAAGAAGAGGCUACCUUUAAGAGUCUUACAGAACUUAAAAAACAAAAACAACUGGAAAAAAAUCACAAUAAUAACGAAAAGGCAAAUAAUUCUCCCAAUAACAGUAUUAACCCGGAUAAUAAUAAUGAUGAUGGUGGUGGGGCUGAUGAUGAUUUGAUGAUGGAGGUUGACAAUCCUAUGGAAAACAAUAUGGAUCCAGAUUACAUGUUUAUGAAUGACGAUCUUAACAUUGAUGAUCCGGGAUUCAACAUGGACAGACUAGAUAAAGGCGGUGCUAGCACUGCUGCGAAUGCUAAUAGUACAGAAAGUGCUAGUAGCAGUGAUGAAAAGCUAAAGCAAAAUCCCCCAAACAAAGAAAAGACGGAUAUUGAUAUGUCAAACAACGAUUCACUUAAACCUGAAAAUGGUAGAAAUGAUACAAAAAAAGCCACAAAUGGUACUUCCAUAGAUUUCAAUGAUUUCAGCUUGAGCGACUUACCAGAAGGAAAUAACAAUAAUGAAAAUGUGUUUGGAAAUUUUGAUGAUUUUGGAUUUGAUAUGGAUUUCUAA